AUGGCGGAACAUAAUGAUCCAAAUCUGAAUAUUCAACUUUCUUUGGACCAGGAAAAGUCACGAGCAGAAGAUUUAAUUGAGACCCAAGACCGAUAUCGAGACAAGGAUGUUGCAGCACAAUUUCUAGCGCACUUGGACCCGGCCAUCGCUACGGAGCCCAUUUCAGAACAAGAAGCUCGACGCGUGUUGUGGAAGAUUGACCUCAUCAUGAUUCCUUUGAUCAUGGUCACGGUGGUACUCGCCGCUAUUGACAAGGUCAUCAUCUCCAAUGCGGCUAUCUACGGCAUGAAGACAGAUACCCAUCUGACUGGCAAUCAGUACUCAUGGGUUGGCUCAAUCUUCUACUUUGGUUAUUUGACCUUCGAGUAUCCAUCAGCUCUUCUUAUCCAACGAUUGCCAGUUGCCAAACUCUAUGUGGGCAUGGUUUCUGGCUGGGCAGUUUUGAUGAUGUGCACGGCGGCGACGCAGAACUUUGCGGGCUUGGCAACUGUGCGAUUCUUGAUGGGCAUGUUAGAAGCCUCCUCGUUUCCCAUCUCAAGUAUUUUAACAGUGAUGUGGUGGAAGACUAGCGAACAGCCUCUCCGUGUUGCUUUCUGGUUCAACCAGCUCUCUUCUGUCUUUUCUGGCCUGGUAAGCUAUGGAAUUGGUCAGACAGACACAUCGUUGUCUCCUUGGAGACUACUGUUUCUUGUGCUGGGAGCCUUCUCUCUCCUUUGGGCAGGUGUUCUAUAUGUCUUUUUACCUGACUCGCCCGUUCAAUGUUGGUAUUUUUCGGACCGCGAGAAAUUCGUCUGUCUUGAAAGAGUAAAAGACAACAACACCGGUAUGGAAGAUAAGACGAUUAAAUGGUACCAAGUGCGCGAAUGUCUGCUUGAUCCCAAAACCUGGCUGCUUGCAUUGUUCUCCCUGGCACAAAAUAUCCCGAACGGCGGCCUGGUCACUUUUUCUGCUAUCAUUGUGACUGGCCUGGGCUAUUCAAGGUUGAUCACCACUGUGCUUGGAAUUCCCACUGGUGUGUUGGCAACUGUCUGGCAGAUUUUGCUGGGCUUUAUUGCAGCCCGUGUACCAAAUUCUCGCUGUACUAUCAUUGCUAUCGCCAAUCUAGUGCCAAUGAUCUGCGCCAUUCUCAUGUGGAAACUACCUCGUGAAAACCAACAUGGCCUACUGGCAGCAUACUAUGUCUUUUAUACCUACUGGGCACCGUAUGUACUUUCUACCUCACUUCCCAUGGCCAACACCAGCGGGCACUCGAAAAAAUUGACCAUGAAUGCCAUUUUCUUUUUGGCAUACUGUAUCGGAAAUACCAUUGGACCCCAGGCUUUCCGCUCUGACGACGCUCCUACUUAUUCUCGAGGCUAUGAGGGUCUCCUGGCUUGUAUAGUAGUAGCCAUUGCUGCUAUCAUGGAUAUGGACUCCUCUGUCGAUGGGAGAACGCCCGACGCGAUAGAGAAGAAGGCCCAAGGGCAAAUGGAGCAGCAUCGGAGGCUGCUGCAUUCUUAG